GUUUGGUUUCUCCGUCGACGAUACCAAAGGCGAUUCAGCUUGAUUUGUUUGAUCCAACGUUUUGAUCAUGAAAUCGGGAGAGCAACCACAUAUACUCAAUAUACAACCGCCGGAAUGAUGAUCGACGAUGAGAUUGUUCACCAAGUCAACUUCAAACCGGAUCUUGUGGUUAUAUUGUUCAAUUCUUUGUAACACCAGGAGCUUCUAUCAUGUGGCUAUCUCAUGAGCUCUUACCAAGAGGACUGGGAAGAAUAGAAAUGGUGCCAACAUCAAUUGUGGAAGAGACCAAAUGCUUUAAAUGUAUGUAUUGUUGUGAGUUUUAUCGAUUAAUGAGUUUGGUCUGAACUUAACCAUAUCCAUUAAUGACUGAAUGUGUGUGUUUGGUCUGAACUUAACCAAAUUGAUUAAUAGAUGAAUGUGUGUGUUUGGUCUGAACUCAACCAUAUCGACUAAUAGAUGAAUGUGAGUGUUUGGUCUGAACUUAACCAUUUUGGUUACAAUCGAGUAAUGAGUUUUAUUUCA